UCUUCCCGAAGAUCCUGCAGCCGGCCCCGCCGCCCCGCCUGCGGCCCUAUGGCCGACAAUGAAUUCAGCCCCGUGCCAGGGGACAAACCCUGCCGCCCGAUCUCUAAGAAAACCCGGAUCUGUCUCGGCGUCAGUCUCCUGGUCGUGAUGCUCGCCGUGGUGGUCGUGGUCGGAGUCCUAAAGUGGGGCCAGCCGCACGAGCACUUGCGGUGGAACGGGACGGGCACCACCGAACACCUUUCCGAGAUCGUCCUGGGACGGUGCUUCCUCUACACUCGCAUCAUACAGCCCGAGCUGAGAGAUAAAGACUGCCAAAAGAUAUGGGAUGCAUUCAAAAAUGCAUUUAUUUCCAAGAAUCCUUGCAACAUUAGAGAAGACGACUAUCAACCACUAAUGAAGAUGGCAAAUCAGACUGUACCUUGUAACAAGACCCUCUUAUGGAGCAAGACUAAUGAGCUGGCCCAUCAGUACACACGGGUCCGGCAGGAUAUGUUCACCUUGGAGGACACGCUGCUGGGCUACAUCGCUGAUAACCUCAUGUGGUGCGGCGAUGCGAGCUCUUCUGAAAUGAACUAUCAGUCUUGCCCAGACUGGAAGAAAGACUGCAGCAACAACCCUAAUUCAGUAUUCUGGAAAAUGGUUUCCCAGAGGUUUGCAGAAGCUGCCUGUGGUGUGGUCCAAGUGAUGCUCAAUGGGUCCAUCAGUAAAACCUUUAACAAAGACAGCAUUUUUGGAAGUUUGGAAAUCUUCAAGCUGCAACCAGAGAAGGUUCAUACACUACAAGCCUGGGUGAUGCAUACUAUCGAAGGAGUUGCCAGUGACUCAUGCUCCAGUUCCUCCAUAAAUGAGCUGAAAUUAAUUCUAAGCCAAAAGAAUAUUACAUUUAUCUGCCAGAAUGAUUACAGGCCUGCCAGAUUUGUUCAGUGUGUGAAAAACCCUGAGCACUUAGGUUGCAGAUCUAUUGUCUGAGCCAAUCGCCAUGAGUGUUCUCGAUCUUCAACUGCUUGAAGCAUGCACCAACAUACGAGACUCAGCAGAUCCACUGGUGGAGAGCUGAAGAUUUUGGGGAGUCCUCUGUCAUAAUGUCAGCACUGGAGAUGGAAGCCUUUUCCCCCAAAGUCUUAAAAUAAUAUGUUAUCGGUAUAGUUUUUAUUGUGUGAUCUACUAAUAUUAAAAAAAGAUUAUCAUAUAAAAUGAGAAUGAAAAUUUUAUAUUGUUAUUUUGUUUUAAUUUUCAUGUGAUAUGUUCAUGCUGUUUAUAUGUGGAUAACAUCCUUUCUAUUGAAAAAUGACCACACAAAACCUCUCUUAUUAAACAGGCAAGAAAAGUAGAUGCCCAAGCUUUUCAGAAAACAUUACAUUUCCAAACAAAUGCCCGUGUCCCGUGAUGUAUUUUUGUACCCUUCCUGCAGAUAGUCAGACUAUAAACUCUAUGUCAUGGGCAUGUUGUGGAAAAGUAUUCUGUAGGAUAUAAGCUACCCAUGUAAUUGGUGCUUUACUCUAAGCCUUCCAAAGGCCCUGUGAAGUCGAUAUUAUUAUCGGCCAUUUUUAGGUGAGAAAAUAGGAGCUCAAAGAGGUUACUGAAUUUUCCUACAGUCAUACAUUUAGUAUCAAAGUAGAGGCUAGAGAGCUCUGUCCAACUCCAAAGUACCUAUGCUCUUUUUUUCUAGGUCUAUAAUACCAAACUGUAGCUUAUGAUCUCUUCCAACAGAUGCAUUUUGGGUUAAAUUGGAUGUAAUAGAAUCUGAAAUGUGAUUUUUCUGGAUGGCUUCAAAACAGAUACAUUGUUUUCCUUCUCUUCCUCUUUCUCCUCAGCCUCAUGCUCAGUGUCUUAUACAUGUAGUAUGCAGUUAAAAUACAUUUGUUCCUGGCAAUUUAUGUUUUCUCCCCCCCACCUUUUUUUUUUUUUUUUUUU